AUGGGCUACCCUUCUCCAAUCAAACCUGCUAUUCGUAAACUCUCGGACAAUGUUGUCACAGUGUCUUGUCCGUUCUCCAUCUUGAACCGUUUCGAUGUUGGCGCCAGAAUGACGUUAUUCAACUUCGACGGUAACAUUGUGGCCUUUGCUCCCCUUCCAUAUGGAGACUACUUGAAGGAUGCCAUUGAGGUGUUGACAGGCGAUGCCAAUAGCGAUGCUACCAUCACGCAUCUAAUCAUCCCUAACCAUGAGCACAAUCUAGCAGCUAAGUCCUACAAGCCCACCUACCCCAAUGCAAAGGUGAUUGCAGGCUACAACGUCAAGUUGGGCGAAGCAUGUCCUGUUGACUAUAUUCUUUCCGAGGAAUUGGGCAACAAAUUGUUAGGCUCUAGCGAGUUAUCCAUUUUGGGCUUGUCCGAGUCUUGGUUGGACGACUUGAAGAUCAUCUUUUUAGCGCAUAGUAUGAACAAGGAUGUAGUAGUCUUCCACAAGCCUUCGAAGUCGAUCUACCAGGGCGAUGUGUUCUUCAACAUUGGCGCUCGCGACGAAGAUGAAAGCAUCGAGCAGUAUUCAUCAGCCACCGGAUAUCCCGAAAAUCACUAUCCAUUUACCGGAUGGUCGUACUUGUUUAGAUUUUUGAAUCCAUCCAGCACGUUGGGAUCAUGGCUCAAUGGAAAAUUCUGCAAAGCCGGUGACGAGAAGUCAAGGGAAGGUCUUGAAUUGUUGCUGAGCUUGGAUUUUGAUGUGGCUGUGCCAUGCCAUGGAAACAUCAUCACAAAGGAUGCAAAGGAGGUGUUUAGAAAGACACUGGGCUUGUCCAAGUUCGAGUUGAAGAGCUCUCUUUGA